CAGCCUUUGUGAGCGCCGAUCCAGCGGCGCAUUGUUGUUUAUGAAGCGGAACUCCAUGAAUUACCCAGGUGCUGGCAUUGUUUCGAACAUCAAAACACUGGGGUGCGAUGGUGUGCGUAGUUAAACCCCUUAACCCCGGAGGAGCUGACUAAGCUACUCCUGAUCCUGAUCUGGCUAACCAUCAACCGCGGGGUCAACGGGAACAUCAAUUCAAAAUCUCCAAGUCUCCCCAGCCUGCCUGGCAACAACUUUGAUCAUGGGAAUUUUGAUCAUAUUCAAAACCUAGAUACUACAAGGAUGAUGUGUCAUGCUCUCGAGUGAGUGGCGAUCACCGCGUCGUCCGGUCAUUGCCGGACGCGUGCAAGAGUGGGCUCUCGUGCUUCAUUUCUGUUCUCUUCUCAAUGGUCACAAAAGGGCGUACUCGUCGUGCGAUUUCGUACUCCGAAGUUGGAUAAAUUGCAUUAAGCUCUAUAUAUAUCUGAUAUUGCUCAAUUCGAGAUGACUCAAGUUAACAAGGACUCGAAGAUCAUCAUUGUUGGUGCAGGAGUAUUUGGACUUUCCACUGCUCUAUGGUUGGCCAAGUCAGGCUACAAAUCAGUCACAGUCUUCGACCAACAACCAUACUUCACCAACUCAUACCGCGAUGGUGCCGACGGUGCAUCAGCAGACAUCAACAAAAUCAUUCGUUUCAGCUACGGAAAAGAAAUCGAAUACCAAAGUCUUGCACUAGAAGCAUCGCAUAUUUGGGAUGAGUGGAAUCAGGAAUUGGCAAACCUGAAGCAGAGUGGCGAGGAUGCUGGAUUACCUCCGGGAUUGAGCUCAGGCGACAAGCUAUGGUUCAACAGUAGAAUGCUGAGAAUGAGUGCUUCGGAAUCGUAUGGAGAAUUCGAGAAAGAGACUCUAAAGACCAUGGAGAAAGAGGCUAGGUUGAGGGAAAAGCAGUUUGAAUGUAGGAAUGAGGCAGACAUUCAACGAGCACAGGAAUCAGGUUGGGGUCACAAGGUCGACCCAUUUCAUAGGAAAGAGCUGGGACGAGCUCAUAGUGCUGUUCUUGAUUCAACAGCUGGAUUCGUGGCAGCUGGCAGAUCAUGCCUCUGGGCCUUGCAUCUGUGCCGAAAAUCUGGGGUGAAUAGAACUGAUGGCUCUGUCUAUGGCAUCGAGACUGAAGACAGCCGAUCCCAUUCUGCAGAUCUAAUUAUUGUUGCGUGUGGGGGCUGGACUCCCACAUUGGUUCCAGAGAUCUCAAGAAGCCUGGAAACUACAGCUGGGUCUAUAGUGACUGUACAGAUCCCGCAAGAUAACCAAGAGCUUUGGGACCGAUAUGCGCCAGAGAAUAUGCCGGUUUUCACUUGGGGUAUGAGAGAGGGGAGAGGCAUGUAUGGAUUUCCAAGAAUGGAAGAUGGCAUAGUCAAGUUUGGAUAUCGAGCAACGAAGUGGACGAACUAUGAUGAUAUUAAUGGGAAACCUCUUUCUGUUCCAAAGACAGCUCAUACUAGUAAGAGAGAAACAAAUAUCCCUCUCACAGCUCUUCAUGCGGUUAAGGAUUUCAUCUCCGAAUACCUACCCGAGCUCACUCCACUGGGAAUCAACUCCACGAGGCUUUGCUGGUACACAGAUUCAAUAGACAACUCUUUCAUGAUCGAUCACGUUCCUUCGCGGCCUGGCUUGAUGGUCUGUUCUGGUGGAUCCGGUCAUGGCUUCAAGUUCCUCCCUAUUCUUGGUAGAGAAGUGGUAAAGAUUGUCGAAGGUGGCAAGAAGAAUGUUUAUGGUGAGAUGUGGCGUUGGAGAGAUCCCAAAGAAGGGGGCAAGAAUAAUGGGCUGGAAGAGGGAGUCAGUGGUCCAAGAGUUCUUGCCAAGCAAAAGAUGGCAAGUGAGAAAGAUUGGUCAUUUGGGGGUUCUUCUCGUCUGUGAAAAUCUGCAAGAAAUAAUACCACGACGGGAUAAUUUUGUAUGCUUCUAAGAUAUGAGUUGAAUACCCUUCUCAUCAUAUGUGAGGGGUAAUGUGGGGUAAUUGGCCACUUUCAAAACCCACCACUUUGAAGUACUCAGCUCAAACCCCUUCCAAAUUUGAAUCAAAU